AUGCUCUCAACUACACCCCCUUUGGCAGCUCGUGAUGCAAUCAGAGCACAAGCGCCCACAUCUCCCACACCCCUCCUUCCCACCCCUCCUUCCCACCCCUCCUUCCCACCCCUCCCUCCCACCCCUCACCCACCUGCCCAUCACGUGGUUCUAUUUAUGUCGUGCCUCAUGGCGUUUGCACUCGAUGUGCUGCUGUCAAUGUCUUGUCUCAUGGCCUUUGCACUCAACUUCACCAUCGGAGGCACAACAGAGACACAUGCCCUCCCUCCUGCCCUUCCCCCCCUUCCUCCCAUCCACCAGGUGGUGCUGUCGAUGUCAUGUCUCAUGACCUUUACACUCAACUACACGGUGUUUCUCAACACCUCCCUUAAUUUUGCCCUCACUCAAAACAUGUGCGGCAAUCUCAAGGUGUGUGGCGCUAGCAUCAAGGUGCGCAUUGUGGUAACAUCAAGGUGUGUCAACUGCACUGUGUUUUUCAACACCUCUCUCAAAUCUGCCCUCACUCAAAACAUGUGCGGCAAUUUGAAGGUGCGUGGCGGUAGCACCAACGGGUGUGGUGGUAACAUCAAGGUGUGUGGUGGUAGCAUCAAGGUGUGGAGUGCGGGAAUUCCCCCGAGUGUAUCAGUGGCUGAAACCGUGCUUAACAAUGUCACGUCAGUCCGCCUUCUCGCCAUGGCGGACGACACGGAAGCUGCUGAAUCACCCUCCCCACGGCCCAAACCACCAGUCACAGGCCUAGAUUUCCGACGACGCACCCAGCCUGCCGCCGUGUUAGGCUCGUCUUCGCCGACACGCGUUCCAGUGGCUUCAUCCCCGAAUCGGCAGGAUGUUAAUGCUGUUAAUGCUAGACGGGCUUUCAGCAGCACACCGCCCGUCUCCCCUAGUUCCUCUACACGGAAUACACCGAAUCCUAGAUCGCAAGCGGCGCCUAGCACUUCACGUGGUACUGCCGUGCCCCGAUUCCCCAAGGCAGGCCGAUUUACCCAGAGCACACUGCGGAUUGCUAAGACAGGGGUUCCACACGUCCGCAUCGUGGCACGCCCCACCACAGCGCCUAGAGUAGGUGAUACAUCAACUCCACCAGCAGCUCAACAGACAGGUGAUCCUGGGCCUUCCAGGAACACCAUCCAUGUCCCUGAUCCUGACGCGCUAAUGGAGAAGCUCCACGAGCUGUCGAAGGAAUAUUGGCACGACAAGUUCAAGUGGCUGAUUAUCACGCAGAGGAAGGACGGGACGCCGUGCAUGAAGUGCAGCAUAUGCAUGGCUCACGGCCCUGCCCACUGGAAGUUCGGUAAACUUGGCGAAGGAGGCGUUGAUAUCCAGCGGCAAACGAUGCGGAAGCACGCGCUCAGCAGGAAGCAUCAGGACGCCGUCAAUGCCAAGCUUCGCGCUGAAGGCGGUAAGGUUGACCAACGGGGCAUUGAGGAAUUCGAGAACGACGACAACGAGACGUCGGGGCUGAAACAACUGAUGCUAGUCGUGCUCUUUAUCUGCAAAUCCGAUUCACCCAUCUCCCUUUUUGUCGAUCUUGUUCGCCUGUUGGCCGAGCUUCAGACGCCGCACAUCCCGGACAAGGCCAUAGGGACAUACCAGUCAGCGUGA